AUGUCCUCCCAACAGCGCGACCCAAAAAUCACCUCCAAGAAUCUUGCCUACUCGAGUGAUCUACCUCCCUUCCUAGCCAAGCUCCGCGGCCAGCACCAGCAACAGCGCGACUCCGACACCCCGGACCCUAUCCUAGCCGCGCGACGACGAGCAGCACGGCCGCGGUCCGCAAGCGAGGAGGCCGAGGACGCACCUCUUGUCGUCGACGAGGCGGGGAACACCGUUACUCUCCCGUCCGGCGCAGACGCGGAUGUUCCUGCAGAUGACGACGCAGGUGGUAGGAAUGACACCGGUGCAGACAACGCGAAAGAGAGGGAGAGAGAGAAAAUAGCCAGCAUUGGGGCGGGUAAAAAACGCAAGGUAGGACGGGUAAUUGGCGGCACUGAAGAGGACGAGGAGCAAAAGCCGUUUAAAAACAUUAAAGGCCGAGAGAAGGAAGAGAGCUCUUCGGCAAAGAACAGCGAUAAACCCGCCGUGGAUGCCAAAUCGGGAACGAAGCAGACCAAGAAGAAGGCCAAGAAAAUCAAGCUCAGCUUUAAUGACGACGGAGACUGA